GGAUGCCAAUCGCCGUUAAACCUCAUCGAAUAAGAAGCUGUUACAGCUGUUUGGCAGCUUUUUUACGUUUCAAUAUUAACAUUUGCCUUUAUAUUCGUGAGGUUGUUUGGCGACUGAAGUUUACUUCCAGAGGCUUGCUUCCGAGUGUCGUUGAUUAGGGUGUGGACAGAGCGCUUUCUGUGAGACAGCAGGUCCUAAGUGAAGGAGUAGGUCUGUCUGCUGAGUCACUGCAAGCAGGAAAGAGCACUAGGCUAGCGGAGCAGCUUACCGCAGAGCACCAUGACCUACCGGCUGUUUGAGGAGAAAGACCAUGCCUCCAUCUACCAGAGGUACCGCUUUGUACCCCCAGAGGAGAUCAGAGACAUCAUCCUACAUUACCUGGAAAGGAAGAAAGUCCAGCCUCAUGCCCUAGCUGUGGACCUGGGCUGUGGGACGGGGCAGAACUCACGCCUGAUGGCCCCACACUUCCAGGAGGUGGUGGGCAUUGACAUCAGCGAGUGCCAACUGGAGGAGGCCAGGGCAGUGACAGGGUUCAACAACAUCACCUACAGGAAAGGGACAGCUGAGGAGCUGCCGUUUCCGGAUGCUUCUGUGGACCUACUGACUGCAGCCUCAGCGGCCCAUUGGUUUGACCAGCAGCGGUUCCUCUUGGAGGCAGGCCGGGUCCUGAAGCCUUGUGGCUGCAUGGCUCUGCUUGGCUUUGCUGAUAACUUCAGACUCCAUUACGGCUCAUGUGGGGACAGACUCACUGACAUCUGUGAUGAGUUCAAGAAGGUGCUGUUACCAUACACCAGCACACAGGUAGCCGUGUCCAACACCAAACUAAAGGAGCUUUACACUGCUAUCCCCUUCCCUGACAAAGAGAGGAUUGAGUGUAUCCCACUGAAGCAGCAGAUCUCAGUGAGGAACAUAGUGGGCUUCAUGGAGUCCUUCUCCACGUACCAGGCCUUCCAGAGGGCCGAGCCUGAUGCUGCCACCACACUGCUGCAGAGAACACUCGACAGGUUUCUGAAGGAGAUGGGAGUCACAUCACCAGACACACUCAUGGAAGUGACGCUGGAGUAUUUCUGUGUCCUGGCGUCUAAACCGGAGUGAACACUCUUUACAGUGUGAAUGUGUUUGUGUGUAGACAGAUGUUUCUUAAGCUCGUGUCAAUCAUGUUUAAGCUGUUGUUAAGUAGUAUUCUGUUCACAUAAGAUGUCAUUGAAGUCCCUUUGGUUUUGUCCAUUCUUUUAUACAUUGUAAUGUAGAGCAAACUAUUAGCCUUAGUCACAUCAUUAUCAAAAUGCUUGCCACAUUUAGUAUCUUCCUUGCCUGAGAUUUACAAUAAAAUGUGUCUGCAGACACAAUCAUAACUUUUGAAUAUUAUUUAACUUCAGGGCUGUAUCAAGUGUCUCAGAGUAAUAUUAGUGUGUGGAUUUUAGGAUCAGUUUUUCCUUUUAGAUCACAAUGAAAAAUAUAACAUGGGCAAGGGGGUAUCUGAUCCAAGAUUAGCACUCCUAAUCUGAGACAAUUAAUACUUACACAGCCCAAUUCUGAUUUUUUUUUUCUUCACUAAUUGGUCUUUUGAUCAGGUCUGAAAAAGAUGUGGUUGUGAUUGGUAAAAAUAUCAGAAUUGGGCUGACUGUCUAAACGCAGCCAUACGGCCGCAGAUGUUUUGUUGGUUUCUUUUUAAUAUGCUGUAUGCAUGGGUUCAACCCAA